UUAAACCCUAAUAAAGCCUUUGAAAUCAGUUUUAUUCGUUCUCUCUUCCCACCGCCUUUUCCUACCAGUAGCUCCCGAGUUGCUUCACCUCUGUUUUUCACGCGCAACCGCCACUUCCACCAUCAAUUAAGCAAACCCACUUGUUAAAACUUUUAUUUUUCAAUUGAACCUAUAAUCAACCACCUAAAGUUCAAAACUUUAAACAAAAAGAGAGGGAGACAAUGGCAGAGGUGAAAGAAGAAGUGAAGAGUUUCAAGGACUUAGGAAUAAGUGAUCAAUUAGAGAAAGAAGAAGUGAAGAGUUUUAAGGACUUAGGAAUAUGUGAUCAAUUGGUUGAAGCAUGUGAUAGUUUGGGUUGGAAAAACCCAACAAAGAUUCAAGUUGAAGCUGUUCCUCAUGCCCUUGAAGGGAAGGACUUGAUUGGUUUAGCACAGACUGGUUCUGGUAAAACUGGAGCUUUUGCUUUACCUAUAUUACAGGCUUUACUUGAAUCUUCACAGAAAUCUGUUCAACCUUUCUUUGCCUGCGUUCUCUCCCCUACAAGGGAGUUGGCAAUUCAGAUUGCCGAGCAAUUUGAAGCUUUAGGAUCUGGGAUUGGUUUGAGAUGUGGCGUGCUUGUCGGAGGUGUGGAUAUUGUGCAACAGACUCUUAUCCUUGCCAAAAGACCACAUAUUGUUGUUGCAACACCUGGACGCCUUUUGGAUCAUCUGUCAAAUACCAAAGGUUUUUCUCUUCGUACAUUGAAGUAUUUGGUCUUAGACGAGGCAGACAGGUUACUGAAUGAAGAGUUUGAGAAAUCCCUAGAUGAAAUUUUAAAUGUUAUUCCACGGGAUCGAAAAACAUAUCUGUUUUCUGCAACCAUGACAAAAAAGGUGAAGAAGCUCCAAAGAGCUUGUUUGAGAAAUCCUGUUAAGAUUGAAGCAGCAUCAAAAUAUUCCACUGUUGACACUCUGAAGCAGCAAUAUCGUUUUGUUCCUUCUAAACACAAGGAUUGCUAUCUUGUAUACAUUCUGACUGAAAUGUCCAAUAGUACUGCCAUGGUUUUCACUCGAACAUGCGAUGCAACUAGCUUUUUGGCUUUGGUUCUUCGAAAUCUUGGUCUAAGGGCCAUCCCUAUUAAUGGUCACAUGAGUCAGCCAAAGAGACUUGGAGCCUUAAACAAGUUCAAGGCAAGGGAGUGCAAUAUUCUAAUAUGCACUGAUGUGGCAAGUAGGGGACUUGACAUUCCAGCUGUUGAUAUGGUUAUAAACUACGACGUCCCCUCAAACUCUAAGGAUUAUAUUCAUCGCGUUGGCAGAACUGCUCGUGCAGGGCGAUCUGGGGUUGCAAUCUCACUAGUAAAUCAGUAUGAACUGGAGUGGUAUCUACAGAUAGAGAAUCUUAUAGGUAAAAAACUGCCUGAGUUUCCCGCUCAAGAGGAGGAGGUCUUGAUGUUGUUGGAUCGUGUUAUUGAUGCGAAAAGAAUUUCUCACACGAAACUUAAAGAAGGUGGGGGUAAGAAGAGGAGGGGUGGAGAUGACGAGGAAGAAGACGAUGUUGAAAAGUAUUUGGGCUUCAAGCACAAGAAGUCCAAGAAGUUUAAGAAAGGAGACAAGCAACACGUCAAGUGAAUGUACACAGUUUUGGAUGUUUAUAUACCGUUUCCCCAUUUGCUCUUAUGUUUGUCAGAUUGCUUGAUGAGAAAAUUGUCAUUAGAUUUCGUAGUGAGAAAAUUUUGGUUUUUAAUAUUUGUAGAUUUAAGUUAUUCUGUGUUCUUUUACUAAUGAUAUUCUAUUCUCACAUGUAUUUGGAGAUGGAUUAUUACAUCAUGAUGAACCAGCCCAACAUAAAUUUGUUUGAA